GGCGUCAUCACUACCCUUCGCUCGCCCGGCUGUCCUCCACCUCACUCAGGGGCGGCGGUGCACGUCUACAGAUGUCGUGUAGAGGGAGGCAGCGGCGUUGCAGGGGAUGGGGAGGGUGGUCCUGGGAACAGAUGCAAAGCCCCACACGACUUGAGCAAAACCAAGUGUUGUGUUCAGAUAUAUGGAAGCAGGUGUGUGGUACUUUUGGCGCUCCGUGGAACCUCGUGGUCGUCCUAACGGUGCUUACGGUGCUGACAACUACGGUAACCCCAGGACGGUGUCAGGAAGAGCCUGAAACAGCAGAAGAGUGCACCGUGUACCCUGUGUCUGAGGACGUCAGCACGCCUGGAGUGAAGUUCUCUGCGGCGGGAGAAGUGGUGGUGGGUUUGCUCCCUCCGGUCCCUGGAGAAGUCCUUGCAGGUCUCACGUUUACUGUCACGACGUCCUUCACAAACACAGUCCUUAAAGUGCUCCAGGAUAACCCCAAGACGCUCGAGUGCUGGCGGGGCUCCUACUUACUCAGGACGUACAAGAACCUCCCGAGCUUUGCCACGGAGAAGUCUUACGAGUGGCGCCACGUCCUGGUGUCCUUGAGAGACGGCAAGAUCCUGCUUAACGGAAGCCUGGAGGUGUGUCCGGGGGUGAAGGUGGAGGGAAGCAACCCGACCCUCGUCGUCUCGACGCUCAAGCGAGCCAACGUCGCCUUCAACUGCCAGCAAGGAUGUCCCAUUUUCCGCGACUCCGCCCUCGCCGCAUACGCCCACAACGGGCGGGUGCCACGUCAAGAGCUGUUCGUCAGAGGCAAGUCGGAGCAGGUCAAGGGUCAGCUGAAGUUCAUCCAGUGCAACGGAGCCACCAGCAACGUGCCAGUGACCGGCGAUCGCUGGCAGUCGGUCCAACUGGAGAGUCUAGAGGACGGCAGAAGCAUGCGCCUCAGGGUGGGGGAGGACUUCUCCAAGGUGAUCCCUCAAGAUGGCGAAAAGUGCCCCGUGUUCGACUUCAGGGCGUCCGAGGACCUGCUGUGGGCCGUCGGCUGCGACCUCAGAGAGGACCCCACCGCCGCCCCGCCCACGCCCUCGGCCUUCCUCAACCUGAUCAAAUCCCCGAGCAACGACCAGAAGCUCGGCUCGAACUCCGCCUGGUCGUCGACGCCGCUGCCGCCGUGCGACGACUCCCCGCCUCCGCCGCCCGCGCGCAGCAUGGCGGCGGUCGUGUCGGGCUGGAUGGCCACGGGCGUCAUGGUGGUCAUCAGCGUGGGUCUGGCCGCCUACAUCUACAUGCUGAAGGGCGAGAACGACCGGCUUCGGAAAGACGGAGAUGGAUGGUCCAUCAGCAGGGGAGAAAUCCCGCUGAACGUUCCUCUUUCUCUCAAGUUCGCAAGGGACACGCCUACUCCCCCGGGCUGCGUCCAGACGCCGAGGCACACACCCAAGAAGCAGCAACAGAAUGGAGCGCCGGACAUGCAGGAUGACUUCAUCGUGGUGCACCCGCGGUCGGCGAAGGCGGCCGAAGAGUCGGGGGCGAACGAGCAGCCUCCUGUCGUGAACAACAAGGCGUUUUUUUAGAGGAGGCCUCCAAGAGGCGCAAGCUGACGUAAGCGUCGGCGCCGGGUCCAGCGCGGCUUCAGGGGAGGACGAGAAGACCUCGCUAGCUGACUCAGAGCCGGGUGGAUUGGCAACAAGGCUGCUCCCCCGUCAGGCUAAAUAGGACACUGGAAAUGGACAGUGGUGUGUUUUAGCGCUCAGAUCGUGCUUUCGAUUUCUUAAAAGCCUCUCAGAUGUGCAGCACGCAAAGACGAAAGUUACAUCAAUAGCUAAUACAUCAAUCUCAUCGACGACCACUGGCUGACACGGGAUAAACGUCUGGUUUAGACAAGCAAUAAUACCUGCAGUGAUUCGAUUUAUCCUUCGAAAGGCUCCAGAUUCCUUUCUUCCAUUGCCAUUGGCAUUUUGUUCUUUCCUUUCAUAUAUAUACAUUAUAGUUAAAAUAACAUGUAACCUAAAGGAAUGCAUAAGCCAGAGUAGUGAAACGAGUUAUAAAAAGUUUUAUGCUGUAACCACCUUGAUAACCACCUGGCAGCCUUCCAUGAGUGCGUGGAGGUGCCUGGAAGGAAGGGGGCGAAGA